AUGUCACGCAGACAACCAGAUAACGUGAAACGCAAUCUGAACCGUCCGAGAUGUCGAUUCCAGCAGAAUCAACACCACAAUCCUCUAAGAAACGACCGCAAUGUGUCACUACUCAACCCAAAUGCCAAUGAAUUCAUUCCCCAGGGGUCGAAUGGAAACAGUUCUUAUCAUCUGGGCGCUAACCCACAAAACACAUCGCUCUCAGCCGUUCCAUCCUCCUUCUCUGGCCAUGACAUUUAUCGGAAUCAGUCACAAAACGAUACUCAGGGAAGAUAUCAGAAUUCUGCUGGACCUAGUCAAUAUGCACUUCCACACUCCAAUGGCAUUAUUGCCAACAAUCAACAAAUGUCGCCCCUGAUGUCACUCCCGUUACAACAAAACGCAAAUGGAGUGGUCUCUCAUCACCCACAACAAAGUGAUUCUGGCUUACAAACUCCAUAUCAGAAUAAUGGUACCUUCAACCCGAACGAUGCCAGCAUGCUACGUGUACAGCAGAAUGUAUCAAAUAUGGUCAGUCAUCUGGGCGCUACUCCACAAAACACAUCGCUCCCAGCCGUUCCAUCUUCCUAUUCUGGCCAUGACAUUUAUCGAAAUCAGUCACAAAGUGAUACUCAGGGAAGAUUUCAAACUUCUGCUGGACCUAGUCAACAUGCAAUUCCACACUCCAAUAACAUGGUUGCCAACAAUCAACAAAUGUCGCACCUGAUGUCACUACCGUUACAACAAAGGCAAGUUUUUGGCGGUGGAGUGAUUCUUCAUAACCCACAACAGAGUGAUUCUGUUUAUCAUACUCCGUAUCAGAAUAAUGGUCACUUCAACCCAAUCAAUACCAGUAUGCCACGUGAACAGCAGGAUGUACCAGUCAGUGGCCAGCCUACCAAUCACGUUCAACCACAACUACAGUUUCCCAUUCCGAACGGAGGUUACCCAUUUCCUCCACCAGUCAUUCAAGUAAUGUCUGCCCAAGAGUUUCUGACUCAACACGUUUUUCUUUGGAACGAGCAUGCAAAGGCACUACUCGAAAUAGCCAGGUUGCGAGGAGAAGGUGUGGAGAGACCAAUGGAAUCGGAGAAUAACCGUCCAGAAGUCAGUCCGUCGAGGAAUGUCGUUGACGCAGAAACGCAAACUGAUAUCGUUACUCAUAGACCGGGAGAAACUCAAACGGACGUCACUUUCAAAUCUGUUGGUGUUCAGUAUGAGGAAAUGAGUGUUAGUAUUGGACCACAAGAAGAGGAGAGUCCACCUGUCUCGACUGCUGAGGUAUUCCUCCCAAGUAACCCACCUGCUCAUGAUUCCACCAAAAUUCAAAUGGCAAAAGACGUGAUAUCUGAUUUGACAAGUUCCGUUGCCGUCUCAAUCGACUCCACUCCAGGAGCAACAAUCAAUGACCCAGUUGAAAAUGGAAGUGGUCCAUCCACCAACGUGACUUCCAAAUCGUCUGAAGCUCAAGAAAUUGCAUCAUCUUUGCCUGUUAGUGUUCAACACAAGGAAAUGAGUGGUGCAACUAGACAUAGUCAAGAAGAGGAGGCUCCACUUGUUUCGACAACUACAGGAUAUCUCCCAAGUAACUCGAUUGUGACAACUGUUACCGACACGCAAAAUGCUUCUGAACACCGAAGAGCACCGACCAUCCUGAUCGAUUUCAAGUCUCCAAAAGUCCUAACAUUUGUAUCGUCUCAAUGUAUGCAUGAUCAAUGUCAAGAUGAGUACAGUACUACUGAAAAGAAAGAUCGAUCUCUCGGAGUGAGUCCCUCGAAAAGUUAUGCUUCGGUUGCAGCAGCCGUCACUGGUCCAGUUGAGAACACAAAGCUUCCAACCUCUUCUAAAUUUGGUAUUCCUUCUUUGACAAAAACCGAAAAAUCUGGAAGCAACUCCAAUUCAGUAACUCCGGUUAAAGACACAAGGAAUUCAGCUAAAAACACAAUGGUUCCAAGUACAAGCGGUACCUUCCAGUGGCUAAAAGUUCAAAGGAAUGUAUCCUCUACAUUACGCGGUUUUCAAUCCAAGAAUACAAGUGGUAACACUAGAAAUCGAGUGCAAAAGAAGGACAAACCGGUUGGAAGGGAUGUUAACAGUACCUCGAGCAAUUUUGAAACGGUGGCUAACAGUACCGCCGGUUCAUCCGCAAACUUCUCAUUCCAACCAGAUACAGAGCCAAAAUUAGCUGUAACUUCGCCAGAUACUCAGACACAAGAAGAGUCACAUUUGGAGGUUAUUCAAGAUAUCUGGAUUGAUGAGCAAGGUCCACUGAAGUCUGAUCAAAUCCCGAAGAUUCUUGAGACAGAGUCCCAUCCAUCAGACAAAGAAGCUCUAAUUGCCUCAUUAAAUGAGUCGUCACUUGGAGAGCAGAAAGAUCAAUCGGAGGGAAACCGAAUGGAGAAUUCCGAGAAUAUUGCCCCUAUUCAGUCUAAGCAGCCAAUAAAGUCACCUAAAAGGUCGAAAACCGCGAAGAAGGGGAAAGGAGGUAAAGCAUCUAAGCAAGACAAAAAAAAUCCACAUGCUCUGGAAAUGGGACCGGAUGACGAGGAAGAACUCAACCGAGCUAUUGAAGAUGCCAAAGACGAAGCAAUUAUCAGAAAUGGCUUUCAAUGGUUUAUCCUGACUCGUGUCAACAGAUACUUUGAUGCAAUGGGUUCAACUCGAUAUCACUAUUUGGCCUUUAUCAAAGAACGUCCGAAGAGUCACGAGUUCAUGGAAGCCAUCAUGGAGUACUGGAAGCAAAACUUGUCUCAACUACACAAUCUUGACUACCAUCGCUCCGACAAAGAGAUUGAGUCUUUAUUGAACACUCGGAUCACAAGAUACAGUUCAUCUCAAGACAAGGAUGACUGGAAACUGUGUCUCUUCUUCAAGCUGAUUUUUAAUAAGCUAAAAGACCCGGACACGGAAGUCGUCGCACUCCAAGACCUGCUGUUUUUGUUCAACGGAAACAAAAGCGAUUUCGUGCAAAAGAGUCUUGAUACUAGAUACUAUCAGAUGAUGUCUGAGUUAGAUUCUUGGCUUCCAGAAGAUCUUGGUGAUCCAUCCAUGUCUGCUACUGAUCUGCCUCCAAAUUCACUUGACAAAUUCUCAAUUACUACUUUGGUGAUUCAUAUCAACGAGCAGGCUAAGAAUAGAUACCUCAUUAACAAGGAGAAUCCGCAAAUAACUCUCGCAUCAGAGCUUGUGCUCUCAAAUGCCUUCCAGAAGGUACAAGAAGAUAAACUUGAUUGGUCGCCAGAAAGAACCAAGGAACUUUUCCAAAAACGGUGUAAAUUUUGGAGAAACUUCGAAAAUCGAAACUCUGAUCAGUCGAAGUUCAUUCUUUACUACGAACUUCUCGCAAGCAUCACCUCUAGUGUUAUUGACUUCGACGCAUAUCACUUGCAUGAAUCUAUCCAAAAUAUUCCAAAGAAGGAUCCCGAGAGGAUUUGGAUUGAGGAGAUGAAGUUUAUGUGUGCCGUGUUCUCAUUUGUCGCAUCCGAUGAUAAGAUUUCUAAAUUGUAG